CGAGAAUAGGAGAAUUGAUGCAAGCCAGGUGUCACAUCACUCGCUCACGGUGCCUGCAGGCAGCCAAGCAAGGCAGCCCAGCCAGCCCAGCUUGCAGACUUACAAACCUGCACCAGUGUUCCAAGAACGAAUGCCAUUUUUCCUCCGAUCCACACGCCAACAAGUCACCCAAGCACCCAAGCAAGCAAGGCGAACACUCAUUGGAGCAUUGGCAGGAACGCGCGAGUGUGAGGAUUGUUUGACGGUCGUUUUGGCGAAUCAAGUGCGCAGCAACAACCGCCGCAGUAGCCACGCACAUCAAGGAGACUGACCGCGCAUCGUACAUUGGAGCAAGGUCAAGCUGAGUAGCACAUCAGCCCCUUUGACAACAACAGCAGCAGCAGCCUGACACCACACCACAAGGAUGAGGAUCAACUUUGUGAGUGAGACUUACCGGAAAGCCUUCCCGUUCUUGCGGGAGCGGUUCGACAUGCUCGGCCAGUACCUGGGCGAAACAGACAGCGAGGACAUCCUCGAUGACGUCGAGGACGAGCUCAAGGACAUGCUGCAGGACCUGCUGGACAACAAACUCCCCUUUGGCUCGUCAAGAUACUCCGUCGUUCACACGGAUCAUUUGUCGGAGCGGCUGGAGCGGAAGCUUCGCCGAUACAAGAACUUGAAGGAGCACCUGUCUUAUGGCAUGAGCGUGUUCGCCAUUUGCGCAGUCAUGGCCAUGUGCUACGGCAUGGGUAUUGUGGCCAUGAUUCUCGCCCACCGUAACAAGAAGGACGUGGACAACAAGAGCGCACAGGCCUUGCUUGGCUUCUCUGGCCUGCUGGCCAGCGUCUCCGUCAUGGCUGCUGGACUCAUCUUCAAGAGGAGCAAACACAAGCAAGAUGCCGCAGAGAAAGCAGCAAAGACCAAGGAACAGGCCGACGAGGAGGACGAGGGGAGCAACCAGGAGGGCAAGGGCGAGUCUGGUGGCAAGCAGGGGGAAGGGGGCAGUGACAAGGAUGGCAACGAGAAGGGGGACAAGGACCAGUCUCGUGGCCAGGGCCAGGAGACUGAGGGCGGAGAAGAAACGUCUGAUGGUGGUGGCGAGGGUGAUGGCGAUGAGGGCAACGGUGGCGCACGUGCGAGGGGUACCCACAACACGGGUGAAAUGCUUAACGCCAGCGAAGUCUAAGCUCUGACAGCGAGGGCCAGUACGGUGCCCUGGUGCCCCCAUUGACCCUGUUUUGUAUGCGUGUUUCUCACCUCUUCUGUCUCUGCAACUCUCAUCUCAAACCAUGCUCCAGCCUGGGGUUUGCAGUGGUUCUUCCACGCACUCGUUCUUCUUGUUCAUUCAUCCAUUUCUCCAUUCGUUGCGCACGUAGUAUAUCCACCACGAAUACACUCAAUGCGAACAGCC